AUGGCUGUUCAAAAGCAAAAUCUAACAAAUACCAUGCCUAGUGCAAGAAUUAGAAUCCCAUUUAAUCCCCAGAAUUUGGUGUCUAACAAUAAUCAGUUUGAGUUUCUUGAUCAGCCGGCGAUGAGCUUAUCCGAUAUGGUUUUCAAAUUUCUUGAGGAUGGUGACUGGUCGCCGGAGAGCUCUAGCAGUGAAGAGUGUCAUGAAAAUAAAACAAUGGAUUUAGAAGAUGAAGAAAAAGAGAAUGAUGACAUUGUUGAAGGGGACAAGAGUUUUUGGGAGAAACAACACCAGCUUCUACAUGUAAAUAUCACAAGCCUUCAUUCAAUCGUUAGUUAUGUUUUCAUCUGGCAAAAUGAUCAACCUCGUAUAACUUUUGUUUUGUGUUGUGGGGUGGUGUAUAGGCUACCUUGUGCAGGACUAGCUCCUUGGAAUCAAGGAUUAGAAGUAUCACCAAAGAAGCGUUGA